AUGUUGGGAGGAUAUCUUAAUCUUACCUUCUUGGGGCCGACGGAUGCCAAAGGGAAGGGCAAAGGGAAGGAGAAGAAGAAAACCUCCUUCUGGAUCUCCUGGGAUUCGCUGGAGAGGCGGAUGGAGAAAGGCAGAUGGGUCGCCAUUAGCUGCUCCAAGGAUCACUCAGCGAAGAUCUGGGAGCUGCACAGCCAUGAAUGCCGCGGCACGCUGGCAG